AUAUCAACCGAGCAAUUAGCAAAAAGCACUCAGAUAAAGGAACGGAUAAUUAAAGAAAUCUUAGCCGAAAGGCAGGAUAUCACCCCUGAUAUCUCUUACCGACUAGGACUAUUUUUUGAUUUACGCGAGGAUUAUUGA